AUGGCAAUGAAGAGGUGUCCUUGUACUGUAGUCAAAAUGUAUUCAUGUUCGAGAAUGCAUAAACGUACAUUUAUAGAUAGGUAAUACUUGUAUUAUAAGACUGCGAUAUAUUAUAUAAGCAGAAAAUAAAAACAAGGUAAAAAAUACACAGUAUCUACGUUGUACGUUUACUGUUGACUGUUACAACACGGGGAAAUUUAUUUUUUUUGUUUGUGUGGUGUUUGCUGUGUGUACUGUACCGUUUCAAUUUAGCAAAAGUGAGUACCUACCUACAUGUAUUCAUUAUAAUUUUUUCAAGUCGUUUGUUUUACUGAUGUACCUAAUCGAACUGUUCCUUUCUAUUGUUCCAAACUUAUACAUUAGUUAUAAAUUGUAAUGUUAUUCAGGGUGAUCAUUAUAACGCAAGACGUUCAUUAUCGAUUUUGAAAUCGUUUGUUUCCUCUACAUUUUAUUUGAUUAUUAUUGUAUUCACACAAAACAUAAAAAUAAUACGUGUUUCGUGAUUUCGACGUCGGUUAAGUUUUAUAUCAGAAUCAUCGCACAACAGAUCGAUUUGAAUAUCGGAUAAUUAGAUUUUAACCUAUUGAGCUGUUAAAUUUGAUUCGCAGAUUGUCAAACGCCAUCUAAUCUUGAUGGCGUCUGCUUGGACAUGAAUCUCUGCCCACCGUUACAAUUGUUGUCCGAAGUAAAAAAUAAAAACGAAUCUGUUACAAGUUUUUUGAGGAAUUCUAUUUGCGGAUACGGAUUCCAACAAUACAAAGUGUGUUGUCCGUCGGCGGGUGGUACGUUUUCUGUAACUAACUCUAAAUCGAAACCCGAAGUUCCAAUACCAACAAAAGAUAAACCGGUUUUGUCGUCUGAUAGUUCACCACCCAAAAGUGUUAGCGUAGAAACGAAUGUUUUCAUUAGAAGUUCAGAAGAUUCAGGUACUUAACUAGGACCGGAAUCCUAAAUUAUUUUAACAAUAUUAUAAUUUAUCAUGAAAACUAAAGUUUUGUCAUAAUAUUAUACAGACUUUAAGACAAUCACGAAUCUAAUAGACAUUUAAUCAAUUUACUGAAUAUUUUCAUGAAUAAUAAUAGCUAGUCGAUAAUGUUACCAAUUUUAAUUGACAGAUUGUAUAACACCGAAAGCUCUGAAAGGCAUUUGCAUUAACAUUCAGCGUUGUAGAACGCUGGAUCGCGUGUUUAAUAAAUAUAAUAAAAACGAAUCUAUAGCAAAUUUUCUCUGACAAUCGUUUUGUUUAUACGAUGGCCAAUAUCCUAAAGUGCGUUGUCCGUUAAAUUGAAACGGUUUCGUUACCGAAUUUGCCAACACAGAAAUCGUGUGGACUAUCUCCUACUUAUCUAAAAUCGUUGGCGGACAGAAGGCGAAUUUAGGUAAGAACGGUAAAGAUAAUAUUUACACGUAAUCAAUUUUUGGUGGGUUGUUAUUUUUGAAUAAUUUAAUAACGCAUUGUUCGAAAAAAAAAAAUCCACUAAAAAUUGAUUAUAACAUGUUAUUGCGUUAUUAAAUAAAGAUUAUACACCUACUAAAUUAUGAUACCUGUUCCUUUAUUUAUGUGCUUGGCCCUGGAUAGCAGCCAUAGGAUACAAAAACAUAUAUUGCCCCAGGAGCAGUUAUGAAUGGCUAUGCGCUGGAACUUUGAUAUCGGAGAGCUUUGUACUAACCGCUGCUCACUGUACGACCGGAACUAUUUUUGAAAAAAAAAAAUUGUAAAUCUAUACUUCAGAUACGCGAGGUAGAAAAAUUAUUUUGAAAAACAUCGUUCUUAUUUUCUAACUGUUCUUUAGGUGGUUAACCGUAUUAUUGUUUAGGGACUUAGAAUUUGGAACACACAUCAUUUUUGUACGUUUUAGAUCCAUUAGCAUGUUUGAAUUUGCUAACAAAUUGUCCAAAUGUUUGUCCAAAUUGUCAAGAUGAUUUUCAGUAUUUAGUUUAUUUAGUUUUGAAAAGCUCUAAAAUCAAGAAAUUAUUUUUGAAAGUUCCGUAAAAUAAUCACAUUAUAUUUAUAUUUAUUUUGGAUACACCAAAUUUCAAGUAGAAAAAUCGAAAAACUUAGAUUUAAUUUGUCAAUAAAUUCAUUUUAACUUUAAAAAUGGAAAUCAGACGUUAAGAAGUGCCUAUUUUUAACUACCCACCGCUUAUUGGCUUAAAAUGUCAUAUUCGUAAGUGAUUGUUAAAAUUGUCUUAUUAAGGUGGUAAUUGAAUGGUAGAAAAUAAUUUUUAAAUUUUACUUGAUUGGGGACAAUUUGAAAACUUUUUUCAAUCCCCUAGUGUCUAAUAUUCUUUAAAAUUUAAAAGUAUAAAGCAUCAAAUAAUUUUGUUUUAAAUAAUAUUUUAGAGAGGUCGUGCAUUUGGGAGAUUUAGACUUAGAUCCUUCUGUGGAAGAUGAAGCUACACCCAUUGAUUAUGAAGUGUUGCGUAUUUUUCAACAUCCGCAAUAUAACAGAUUCGAAUACACUAAUGAAAUUGCAUUAUUACUACUAAACGAUACAGUUACUUUUAACUGUAAGUUAUUUUAAAAUUUUCUUUUUUACAACUAUACCUUUCAUUUUUUUUUUUUUAACUGAGACAGUAUUUAUGUAGGUAUAUAACUGCAAAAACAUGAUAUUUUUCAGAAUCCAUUCAGGUCUUGAAAUAUAAUUAUUAUAUUUCCCUCCGUUUGAUGCUACUUUUAGUGUCCAUAAUAUACGAACUAAACGAAAUUUCAUUUUUUUUUUUCUAGACUUAAUUCAACCCAUUUGUUUGCCAACUUAAUCGAAUUUGAGACGACAUUCGAUACGUCAAUAUUUACCAUUUGUUGCCGGUUGGGGUUCCGUAGGAUUUCGUAAGUACAAGUAAUAUUAUUGGUAAAUAUAAAUUGUGUAGUACCUAUCCAGAAAUUUACCUAUUGUAUUUAGUAAGUAUUAUAUUUUUUUUUACAUACAAAUUAUACAAUUUUCAAAACUUGUUUUCCAAGUCUUUGCGUACAUUUACGAAUACUUUGAAGAAUAAUGAAAAAAAUAAAAUAAAAAAGUGUUGAAACUGCUGUUUUAGGUGGAAUGUACGGAAGGUAUGAUACAUUAAAGUUAUUUAAUAAAAAAUGAUUCUGAACAAAGUUUUGUUACGGAUUGUUCUGAAUUUUUCUCUAGUUGGUGCAUUGUGAUGGUCACUUUUUGAUUUCUCAAACGGUUUUCGAAAUAAUUGGGAAAAACCCGAAAAAAAUUAUAGGUAAAACGGCACAUAUUUACGGCACGCCGCGACGUUACCGUUUUCAUUGUUUUUAUUAUGUUUACACGAUAUUUUCUACCAGAAAUAUUGCUCCAAUCAAAAAAUGUCAAGAGAUCGAUUUUGUUACUUGUAAUAUUUCGUUUCUGUCUAAGCGAUUUGUUUUUUGAUAUCAAAAAUAAUUUUAGUGAGAAUCGGAAAUAAAACCAAAAAAGACGAAACAUACGAUUUUUUUCCAAAUUACGGCACAACUAUUUCAUUAUUUUAAAUUUGUACGGCUUAUGUUUUCUACCAUACAUAUUGCUCCAAUAGAUAAAUUACAAGAGAUCUAUUUUUUGAACUUUUAAUCCAGUUCACGACUGAGAAAUUCAUUUUAUGAUUUUCUUGGCCGUUUUUGCGGUAACUGAGAAAUCCGGAAAAGUACUCGUUCCUGUAUUCGAUAAGAAACGCGUUUCGAGCUUUGUUUCUAUGAAAGGAACACGUUUCUUCCCAACACUGAUGUAUCGCUUGGUAAUUAUUUAAAACAAUUUAGGAAAUGUAACCAGUUCUGCUUUAUUGCAAGUUCAAGUACCCGUAAGAGAUAACGAAGACUGUAAACAAUUAUAUUCCCAGCAGCUGAAUAUAGUCGACGAGAGAGUGUUAUGUUUGAAUUACUGA